AUGGCACGUAUGCCAGUCGAUCUAGACAGCAUCCUAGAAGAUGGUGGCUUGGCGGCUUUGGCGGAUGAUCAACUCUCAGUGUCUGGUCAACCGCAAGCGGACCCUCGGGAACAGCAAUCUCCACAACUGCAGCGGAAAGAAGUCGCCCAGCAGCUCAACGAUGAACGUCAGCCGGCUUGCUGUGACGCUCGGAAAGAACUGGAAGAUAUGAGAGCCCAGAUGGAAACCAUAAAAGCCCAAGUGGAAAACAUGGAAGCCCAAAUACAGGACCUUAUACAGGUAAUCAUUGGAUGCCGGCAAGAUGGAACUGAGACUCGCUCCAUCGACCUGCACUUUCCUUGA